CCUGGGAGACCCCAAUCCGAGGUUUUCUUUGCUGGGCAGCAGUGGAAUGCAUGUUGUAUUGCUCGCCAACCCGCCUCUAUCUUUGUAGCAGCAAACUUCAAGAACAGGUACAACCAUUACAGCCCACUUUCAUCUUCUUCAUCUUUGGUUAUGGCAUUUCCAUUCAUUCUCUGACUAACUAAGCUGGAAAAGUACCACCCAUAAAGUUCUCUCAAGCUCCAUUGAUACAGAGACAUGCUUCACCCUCUUUUCUUGCCCAAAAACGGCCUGAAAUUAACGAGGAACAGUUAUAGAUUGAACCCAUUUUCUCUCACUAAAUUUAACCAUGGAAAUCAAACGCCAAACCCAUAUUUUCAUGAACAUCUCCCUUUCAUAGAUGUUAAAUAUAUUAUCGCCCCUCAAGUUUCAAUAUUUUCUCGGUUUUUCUCUCUCAAGAACCCAAACACUCUCUGUAAAACUUCAAAUAAUGCUUUUCACAUGACUUUAUACUCAACAACUUGUUAUAGACCUUAUAGCUCGACAAACCCGCCUGAGAAAAACGCAGAGAAAGACUUUGGUUCUGGUGAAUUUACCGAUGAAGUUGUUUACUUGGAAGAAACUGGUGAAAUAAUCAGCUCUAGCAAAGGUAUCAGGUACGUUGAGCCUGGUUUAGACGACCAUAUUUUGGUGGGUGGUGUUAAGAAAAGCUUUCCUGACCCUGUUAUGGUUGCAAAGAUUAUAGAGAUUGUGAAGAGAUGGAAAUGGGGUCCUGAAAUGGAAACCCAAUUGAACCGGCUUAAUUUUGUCCCUAAAAUGUUUCAUAUAAACCAGGCCUUGGAAAGGAUUGAGGACUUGGAUUCUUCAUUGGGUUUGUUCGGUUGGGCCAAGAGGCAACCAUGGUAUUACUCCUUCGAUGAGAGCUAUAUGAUAUUGUUUAAUAGGUUGUAUAAAUCUGGGAAUUUUGAGGGAAUUCAGUCUUUAUUUGAUGAAAUGAUUGAAGACCCCUGUACCAAGUCAUUUAAAUCAUAUAGUAGUGUGAUUCAGUCUUAUACAAGAGCUGGUAAAUUGGAGCUUGCGUUUUGUUGCUUCAAGAAGAUGCAUGAAUUCGGAUGCAAAACAGAUGCACAAACUUAUAAUUCUCUCAUCACUUUGAUUCUAAAUAAGGGUCUUCCCUAUAAGGCUUUUGAAGUCUAUGAAAUAAUGGAGAAAUCAGGUUGCUCCUUGGAUGCUUCUACCUAUGAGUUGAUGAUACCCCACCUGGCAAAAUCAGGUAGAUUAGAUGCGGCUUGCAAGCUUUUUGAAGAGAUGAAAGGGAGAAACUACCGACCAAGUGCUUUGGCCUUUACUUCUCUUGUUGAUUCCUUGGGGAAAGCUGGGAGGCUCGAUGCCACCAUGAAAAUUUUCAUGGAAAUGCAGGGCUCUGGCUUUAGGCCAUCGCCUAGUACUUAUGUCUCCUUGAUCGAAUCCUUUGUCAAGGCUGGGAAACUAGAAAUGGCUCUGAGGCUUUGGGAUGAGAUGAAACUAGCUAGGUUUCGACCAAAUUAUGGGUUGUACACUAUGAUUAUUGAAUCCCAUGCUAAGUCUGGGAAGCUCGAGAUUGCUUUAUCGAUCUUUACUGAUAUGGAGAAAGCCGGUUAUUUGCCUACUCCUAGCACUUACUCAUGCCUAGUGGAAAUGCACUGUGCUCGAGGACAAGUUGAUCCAGCUAUGAAGCUUUACAAUUCUAUGACUAGUGUGGGGUUGAGGCCAGGGCUAAGUACAUACACUUCUCUAUUGACUGUUUUGGCUAAUAAGAAAUUGGUAGAUGUGGCAGCCAAGGUCUUGCUAGAGAUGAAAGCAGUUGGGUUCUCAGUAGAUGUGAAUGCUAGUGAUGUCCUUAUGAUUUAUAUUAAAGAUGGGUCAGUUGAGCUUGCUUUGAGAUGGCUUCGAUUCAUGGGGGCCUCAGGAAUUCGAACAAACAACUUCAUUAUCAGGCAGCUGUUUGAGUCGUGCAUGAAGAAUGGGCUUUAUGAAGCAGCAAAGCCCCUUCUCGAGACUUACUCUUCGUCAGCUGCCAAAGUCGAUCUCAUUUUGUAUACUUCUAUCCUGGCUCAUCUUGUGAGAUGCCACGAUGAGGAAAAAGAGAAGCAUCUCAUGUCAAUUUUGAGUGCCACAAAGCAUAAGGCACAUUCAUUUAUGUGUGGGAUUUUUGCUGGUCCUGAACAAAGGAAGAAACCGGUCUUGGCUUUUGUUCGGGAAUUUUUCCAGAGCAUUGACUAUGAAACAGAGGAAGGGGCAGCCCGAUACUUUGUGAAUGUGCUUCUUAACUAUCUCGUUCUCAUGGGUCAGAUAAACCGAGCCCGUUGUGUGUGGAAAGUUGCUUACGAGAACAAGCUUUUCCCAAAAGCCAUAGUUUUUGAUCAACAUAUAGCUUGGUCUCUAGAUGUUAGGAAUUUAUCAGUUGGGGCUGCUCUUAUUGCAGUGGUCCACACACUGCACAGGUUUAGAAAGAGAAUGUUAUACUAUGGGGUUGUUCCUAGACGAAUAAAGUUGGUUACAGGAGCCACCUUGAAGAUUGUGAUAGCACAGAUGCUAAGUACAGUGGAAUCACCCUUUGAGGUUAGUAAAGUUGUUUUGAGGAGCCCUGGGGAUUCAGUCAUGGAGUGGUUCAAGAAGCCUAUUGUUCAACAGUUCCUUCUAAAUGAGAUCCCAUCGAGGUCUGACAUCCUCAUGCACAAGCUUAACACUUUGUUUCCUAGCUCUGCCUCUGAGAUUCGUUCUACUUUAGCUCCGAGGCCAAUUUCUUUGGUAAAGUAAGAUGGGUCGAAGCUCUCCAAAACAUGAACUGAGCUUCCAUUUUCUCCAUCAAUGAUCAUCUUCCCAGCAGUGGAGGCGUCACCAGAGGCAUCAUUGUUAACUUUUUCGUUUGGUUGUUGCUUAUGGGGGGGGGGAGAUCAUCAACCAAGACUAAAGGUCCAAGAAUUUGUCCCAUGAAUACAUCCAUGUGUCAUGUUUGCUAAUGCUUUGUUAUAGAUGGUAGAGCCUCGUGAGCAAGGGUGAACAAACGGAGGUUCAGGGUUCCUCCUCUUAGCCACUCCAACUUCUUCAGAAUUGUUGAGAAGGAUAGUUCAGGAUGUUCAGGUACUCUCUAGGCUAAUUAGAGGUGGAGCACAAGUAGUGAAAAAAGGAAUUUGCUACUCGAUUCGUGUCAUAGAUUCGAUGGAGGUGGAAACCAAGGUUGUCUGGGCAGACUUCAUUUGUAUGUGUCUCGUUCUUCUUUGGGACCCACCCAGAAGGGAAUUUGCUGAAACCAAGGUUGCCUGGGCAGACUUCAUUUGUAUGUGUCUCGUUCAUCUUUGGGACCCACCCAGAAGGGAAUUUGCUGAACAUUAAGAGGGUGGGAUAAAAGGGUGGUACUAGCAGAUUUUGAUGGUUCAAUGAUGUUGUAGAUGAGAUUCAUGACAUUUCCAGUUCUUUAGAUCUUUGGUCAAGUCAUGCCCUCUAGGGAGAAUAUCAACUUGCUUAUUAGCCUAUAUUAGCUUGGUAUUGGCAUUUGAUUGUUGAGGAACGGAAUGGAGGUGAUUCGCCUAAUAGUCCGUGGUUGGUUCGAAGGCUGGCUCUGAAAAACCAGUGAUCUAUCGCGCUCUAUACAAACCGACUGUCUUAUUUCAAAACAAGCAGGUUGAUGGUGUGUGCAGAGAAGCAAGCAUGGCUCUGUGUUCAUAAUAAGAUGUGUAUGUUUUGUGGAAAAAUUUAUGUAAGGCCUAUGCUUUAAGACCCCAUCGGAAAAUGAUUUUGGCUUUGAAAAAGCCUAUCAUUGAUUAUCUCGACCUCUACAAUUAUGGAUAUGAAAA